AUGUCUGGCCUGGACUUACAUCCAAGCAAAUAUUGUAAAUUGAGAAGUAUCUAUAAAUACUAUAUUGAUUCAUACAAUGCAUUGUAUCAGCUAAAAACGAAAAAAGAAGACGAAUUAAACAAGAUUUACAAAAUGAUCAAAACAGAAUUGAUUGAUUCAAAGAAACAUCAUCCCCAAAUUAUUAUCAGAGAUGUUUUAAAUAUCAUUCCAUAUAAUAAUCGCUAUACAAAGUCAUAUUUAUAUCUUGCCAAACUCAUAUCUGAUGAAUAUCAUGUCAAAGAUGUCAAGAAUGUUGAACUUGUUUCAAACUUUCUGUUUUAUAAAGAAUACGGAAUUAAAUUAGACAAGUUUGGUGAUUUCGAAAAAAUUAACUCAGAAUAUUUGGAUAUUCAUAAAGAAGAUACAAUCUACGAAGCAAUUAUGGAUAAUGACAUCAUAUCAUUCAUCUCAUUUACAGAAAGAGAUGGAUUUGAUAAAGAUCAAAAACUUGAAAGCGAUUUAUAUCCACACUCUAAGAAAGAAUAUUCAUUACUUGAAUUAUGUUGUUAUCAUGGAGCAGUUGAUUGUUUCAAGUUCUUAAGAACGAAAUUUGACUCAAAAAUAACUAAAAAAUGUUUAGAAUUUUCAUUUUUAGGCAGAAAUCAAGAGAUCAUGAGUGAAUGUUUGAAAUAUCAAAAACCAAAUAAAUAUUGCAUGGAAUAUGCAAUUAUUUCACACAACAUUGAUUUUGUUACAUUCUUAAUGAAUGAGUACAAUAUUAUGAUCCAUUUAAAUGAUUGUGGAGAAUAUAAAAAUCUUGAAUCAUUUUUAGUAUUUUUCGAUCAAACUAAUAAUUUUAACAAAUGUUUUGCUUAUUCUCCGAUGUUUAAUAUUUCAUCUCUUUGUGGAUAUUUCCUUUCCCUUGGUGCAAAUAUCAAUGAAAAAAAAAUAAAUACGGACAAACUGCUCUUCAUUAUGCAGCAAUUAAUAAUUUCAAAAAAUUUGCCGGAUAUCUUAUUUUCCAUGGGGUAA